AGAGCAUUAACAUUAUUAGCACGCGACAGCAGCAGCAGCAUCAGCAACAAGAAGCCAAUGGCUAUGACUCACUUAAGCAGGAAUAUAAUUCAGAGAGUGAAAAUUAUGCUAUAACUUGUGAUGAUAUUGGUGGCUUCGAUGUCAUCAAAUCGCCAACUAUCGAAUCAAUGUCUGGGAAAUCGUUCGACGAUAAUAUGAGCUUUACUGACGAGCAGUGGCCUGGCACGCAGCAGCACCACACGCAAGUCAGUGCAUUGCCCGGCGUUGCGACCACAACAAUUACCACCACCAGCAUAUCACAGCAGCAAAAACGGUCACAUGAUUUCAGUGAUUCCAAAGAUGGCUUCAAGCCGGUAACAGCAACAGAAACUAUAACUACAUUAACAACAACUACUACGCAAAUUGGUACAACACUACAUGAAGCUGUAACAUUUGUUGGUAGUGGUGGUAUUAGUGAUGUUGAUGCUGCUGACGCUGUUGUUGAAGAAGCAGACUGGAAGACAAAAGGUACUAGCGAUCCCAAGCAUGUUACAGAAGAUUCCGGCGUUGCAAAGUCUCGGCGCAUUGAUCACAAAUUCGAAAAGCUCACAACAAAUUUCGCUGAUAUUGACGAGCAAGCAUCGGCGUUCGAUGCGAAUUUCGAUACGAUGGUACAGGACGAUGAGAUAAGUAAUUUGCAAAGUGAGUUUUCGAAAAUGAGUUGGGACGAUAGUGUGUCGCCCACCACGAACACUUUGGGCGAAAUCGGUUUAAAUACACCAGAUAACGAUAUUCAAGAUAUAGCAACAGAGACAGGCUUUGAAUUCGCUAAAUCAUCCGAAACCACUCCAGUACCAACUGGUGCGCCGACUUCUGCCCCAACUGGACAUGAUGCACCCACACCCAAGCCACGCGCCGCCAAAUCAACCUCACCCGUGAGAGAUAUUGGCGACGACUUAACGCAAUAUCAAAAAAGCGAUGAUGCACACAGUAUUACCGACUCCUCUGAAAUCUUACCCGACCUGUCGAUAUCUGCUCCCGUGCCUAAGCCACGUUUACAAAUGAAACCGACAGAUUCUUUCAAGAAUUUAGCUGCUCUGGUAAACGAACAGUCGGAUAGUAUUAGCCUGCGUAGCUUGGAUAUGACCGACGAUAUUUCGAAAACAGAUGAAGUAUCAACAGAAAUCUCAAUUAAAUCAUCACAUGCACGGGAUUACCCUACAACUACAACGAUUACAACGGCUUCCGAGGAUCGUACAGAAUCACUGGAACCAACUAGUGAGAUUUCAAUAGAUGACGCCGAAGGAGACACGGAAAAGUCUGAGCUCUCUGAAGGCAGAUCAAAAACGAGUUUCUAUAUUGGAGAAUCCAGCCGUAAUGUGAUAAUUAAGACAACACCAACAAAACCAGACACUGAUAUAGAGUCUUCCCCAGAAGCAGCAACUACAAAAGCUGAAGCCUCGGAGGAAGCAAUCGAAGCGAAGGAUGUCGCAUUAAUGAAGGAGAUUUCUGUCGAUUCGGAUGAAAGUAAUGACGUAUUUAAGGAAUUUGUAACAAUGAAACGUGAAACAGAUGAAGGGGAAAGCAAAAUAGUACGUCAAGGCUCCGAAACAAGAAAUGACCUGCUAGAACAAGAACCAACAAAGGAAAAACAAGAUGAUACGAACAAAUCUUGUGAAACUUUUGUAGUUACAGCUGAUAUUUCCCAACCAUCCGAUGAAAAAAAAGAAACUAUUUUAACGCAACCAUUGGACGAUUAUGAAUCUUUAAAGUUAAGUUCCGCAAAAUCCGACAAACUCGACUUGGAAUUAGAAAAGAGUGAAUGGGAAACAACAGAGAAGGGAAUCCCAAUAGCUAAACCUAAGGUGGUACAUUCUCCACAACAACUUAGUGAGUUGCCCAGAGCUCUGAUUGAUGAGCAAAUGGUUGCCAGAACAUUGGAAGAAGCGCAGGAAUCAUUGAAUGCGGCAAAUAACGAGCUGAAGUUUAUAGUGAAGGAUGGUAAAUCAAUUAAAGAAUCGCCAUCCGAAUUUGAAUUUCGCUCGAUUUCAAACACACUGAUUAGCGCAGAGAAAAAAGAAAAAACUGUGACUGAUGAAAGUCUUAUGCAAAAGGAAAUUAAGGAGCCUAAAUUUUUGGAAGAGGAAUAUAUUUCUUCAUUCAUAGGAAUACCAGAUACUCUUAAGGAAACUCAGCCUCCAUCAACAUUUGAACCAAUAAAAUCAUAUGAGGGUACUUUUGAAGAAACAACAAAAGAGACACUCAAUAAAGAAGCAGUAAUUACACAUUAUACUCAAGGUAACGUUGAUGAUGUUAAGGAGGAGUCCAAAGAUGAACACGGUUCGCUAGGCUUUAUAUCUACAGGCACUGCAGAUGACUACAGUUCGAUGGAAGCAUAUGCAGCUAAAGAGGAACAUGCUUCCCUUGGCUUCGUUUCCACUGAAACUGUCGAAGAUUUUAGUUCAAUGGAGGACUAUUAUCAGGAAAAAAUAGCAAAAGCUAGCUUUGUAACAGAAGGAGAAGAUCUGAGGAGAUCACCAGAAGAGGUUACUAAGCUUGGUGAUACAAGAGUAUUUUCGGAGAUAUGUACGGAACAAACAAUGAAACCAUUCGAGGAGGUUACGCAUCGCAUUAAAUCUGAAACUGGCUCUGUUGACGUCACGAAUAGAUGGUCGGUACCAGAAAUUGACCAAUCGAGCUCCAGCGAGAGUUACUACAAAAGCUUUGAUAAAAACGACAGUCGACCGUUAUCGUCAGAAGUCGACAAUUUACUGACACAAGGAAACUCUUCAGAAUAUCAAACAGCAUUGGAUGUGUCAUCAGUAACGCGUGAAGCAACUGAAUACAUAAGCGCAGUUAGCACACUUGAGAGUAGUAGUGGCAAGACGAUAAGCUCGCACGAAAGCAUGAAGAGUUUCGAUUCGCAAUCCGAAACAUCCGGUAAUUUAGGAAGUAUCGAUGUUUCAGAACUAUCGGAAACAUUGGUAGCUUCCUCUACAGAACCUGAUGCUUUGGAAGCUGAGGAACUAUCACGUAUUCGUGACUUACGUGACGAUGAUGAGGAUAGUGAUGAAAGUCUCGACAUUCAAGAUUACAGUAAAACCGAGCAACAAAUGCAAAAGUCACUGAUGAAACGUUCACAAGAAAUGAUAUUUAAACCGAAAACCGAGGAGGCCAAACCCGAGGAAAAGCAUUUCGAAAGCGUUAUGGUGGAAGAGUUUCCUAAACCAAAGGAAGUGGAAAAAACUUGGGGUUUAGCUUAUCCCAUGGAUGAAGCUAAAAUUGACGAUGGAAAGGAUACAGAUCGACCUGAAGAUAUUUUGCUCUAUCACAGUGACAUAAGACGUUCCAUUGACGAUUCUAAACUAGCUUCUAGCUUAGACGAGGGUAGCAUUCUUUCGGUUAGCAUGUCAAGUACAUCAAACAUAGAAACUGUUGUAGAGAACUUCGAGGAUAUGAUUGGGUCAGCUGGUUCUUCUUCGUUAACUGGCAUUGAGGGUUUUGGUUUUCCACACGAUGAACAAGCAUCUUCAUUUCACGAACAUGAAGACACAUUUACCAUGGAAAUGGACAGCAAGGAACAUUCUCCCCAAGACUCUGCCGCCACAACACCACCCGGUGAAUCUCGUAAACGCGGUCACAAGCGCAGUGAAAGUACUUCGAUCACUGGUGAUGUUUUAAAAUCCAUUACGGAUAAGGAUCUACCAGCAGUGGGUGAAAACAAAGAAUCUGAAAGUGAAUCGGACACAGAUCCCUAUGAAUCUGAGUACACCAGACAGUUUCGGUCACCAAACGAACGAAAGAAGAACAAGAAGAAACAAGCAGCCGCCGAAAUGGAUCACAGCUUUGACCUCGAAAAACGUCCAUUUACUCCAUCACAACUUGUGGCUGAGGUUAUAGUUGAGGACAGUGCUACCGAGGAAAUGGAGGCCGAGGCUAUUGAAGAGGAGCGUCGACCUUCCCAAAACAUGCAAGACUACUCAAAUAUACCAGAUAUAACGGUAACCGAGGACUUUCAAAAGUCGCCCAGUUUAGAAGAAAAUGCGGAGGGUUUCGAAGAGAAAUCAUUAUACAAAGUGAAAACACAAGAGGAAUUACACAAAGCUGCUGAUGAACCUCUACAUCAGCAGAAACGUAUGGAUAAGAGCGAGGAAACAUUUCAAAAACUAGUACAAGAACAGUACGCGCAAAAGCUGGCGGAUCUUCAACGACCACAAGCUGGCGAUAUAGACUACGAUGACUAUGAUAAAGCACCAGAUUCUCCAGACUCUUUUGAAAUGAUUGAUCAACCUGAUAUUUCGGACGAUUUUGUCAUAAUCGAAGAGGUGGCUAAAGAAGCCGAUGAGGCUGAUUUAGGUGGAAAGAGCAUUAAAAUUCAGCCAACGAAAUAUGAAUCAAAACAUGAUGAGGAUGUUGAAAAAAUUAUCAUAAAAUCUGCUCCCGCCGAUCCGAAAUUAGGUUCACAAAUUUUCCGAGAUGAUCUAAACUUCGAAUUCGAAGAAAGUCCACCAACUGCGGGCAGCAGCAGCGAUCCACAGGAAGAAAGCGAUUCAGGAGACAUGACUGCUUCAAACAAACGAUGGGUUGAAAUGCAACUUACAGAUUCACAAUUACGUUAUCCAUACGACAUUACCGGUGGCGUAUUAGAAGAUAUCAAAGAAGAGGACGGCGAAUUCGAAGUGGGUAGUAGCCGCAUUAGCAGUUUUAAAGACUCCUUCUCCAGUACACCUGAGUAUGAUGCUAUGGCAGCAAGACGAUAUUACGCACGUGGCGAACAUGACGAUCUAUCCAUGAACAGUUUGCAAGAAUUCGAAUCGCUGGAACAAGCAAUUUCAUUAGAGAAUCGCAAUAAAACGCACCAAGGUUCAACGGACUCCAGCAACGGUAGUUUCACACGCCGCUAUAUGGUGCGUCAUAGUGGCAGUGCCACAGCACAAGGUGAUGAUAUUUCAAUUUCCAGCCUUAAAGAAUUCGAAGGUCUGGAGAAUGCGUGUAUAGAAGCACACUUGAUUGAGAUCAAAGCCAAGGAAGAGGCUGCUAUGCUUUCCCGGUCGGACGACUCCAACAAGUCAAACGAAAGUGAUCGGGAUAAUGGUGCAAGCAAUAUUGUUGUAAGCAAAGUAACACGUACAGUAACUCGAACCGAAGUGCUGCCGGUACAGCAGCAAACUAUUGAAGCGCUGCUCAAACAGAAACUGGAAGAAUGUGAAGGGCGCGAGUCAAUGACAAAAAUCACAGAAAUGUCAACAGAGCUAUUGGAAGGGAAAAUGAAGUUGGAUAAACAGGAUUCGGAGAAGGGCAGUGUAGAUAGUCUGGAGAUAAAUAAAAGUCUCGAUAUGCGUUCUAGCAGCAUUGGCAGUUUCGAAAUUUCAAAAGAUGCUACUACACGUUCGGAUAUCGACUCAUUGGAAACUGACCGUAAACAGCCUACACGUGAGGAGAGCAUCGAUUCAAUGGAAAACGAGCAGUUCGAUCUAUUGGCAAGAUUUCCAACAGGCGAAACUACACUUGGUGAAGGUCUAACAACAACUACAACAACCACCACUACCACUACAGAUGCUGAGGGACAUGAACACAUCGUUACACAAACGAUCACUACAACCACAAGCGCAAGCGGCAGUACAAAUUUAGAAUUCCCCACGGGACAACUUCACAAAGACGUAUCGGCCGACUCACUUUGCAUUGAACAAACCAAUACGAGUUCAGCCGGCACCACUGCAACUUAUCAGACCAGUGCUGGAAAUUCUCAAAUGUCAGGCAGUGUUACCAGUUGUGCAUCCAGCACACUCAUGGAGGACUCCUAUCCGGGUGCAAACUCUAGUCUAACAUCAUCUAGCUUUUGGUCACACGAAGAAUCAACGGUUGUGGAAGAUAAGAAUGUGCUCGAGGAAGUAUUGCUGGAAGAUGCUGAGGCACUGAAACGUCGUCAGGCGCAACAUCGACAAGAGUACGACGAUCAGCACUAGAUGACAUGGAGAAUGAAAAACGAUAAUGCAAUAAGAAACAAACGACACGCAUAAAUAAUACAUAAUUAAGGGAUUACAAGCUUUUUAUACUUACAUACAUCAGUGGUUAG